UGCUGUGGGCGCAGGCGCGGAGCGCGUUUCCUGCUGCCCGUGUCAGAGCCGGGCCCCUCGGCCUCUCCCGCCGCCGGAGCGGAGUCGCGUUGACUGCCCAGAGUCCGCGAGUCCCGCUCCGCCCCCGCCGCCUCAGGAAUCUCUCUAACUCGGAAUGUCUCUACAUCAGUUCCUACUGGAGCCAAUCACCUGCCAUGCCUGGAACAGAGACCGUACUCAGAUUGCCAUUAGCCCUAAUAACCAUGAAGUGCACAUCUACAAGAAGAGUGGGAACCAGUGGGUGAAGGCUCACGAGCUGAAGGAACACAAUGGACACAUUACAGGUAUUGACUGGGCUCCCAAAAGUGACCGCAUCGUGACGUGCGGCGCUGACCGCAACGCCUACGUGUGGAGCCAGAAGGAUGGCGUGUGGAAACCCACCCUCGUCAUCCUGAGAAUCAACCGUGCUGCCACCUUUGUCAAGUGGUCUCCCUUGGAGAACAAAUUUGCUGUGGGAAGUGGAGCUCGACUCAUAUCUGUGUGCUACUUUGAGUCUGAAAAUGACUGGUGGGUGAGCAAGCACAUUAAAAAGCCCAUUCGUUCCACUGUCCUCAGCCUGGACUGGCACCCCAACAAYGUCCUGCUGGCUGCAGGAUCCUGUGACUUCAAGUGCAGGGUGUUCUCUGCUUACAUUAAGGAAGUGGAUGAAAAACCAGCCAGCACACCCUGGGGCUCCAAGAUGCCUUUUGGGCAGCUGAUGUCUGAAUUUGGGGGCGCAGGGAGCGGAGGAUGGGUGCACAGCGUGAGCUUCUCUGCCAGUGGGAACCGCCUGGCCUGGGUCAGUCAUGACAGCACCGUGUCAGUGGCUGAUGCCUCCAAAAACAUGAUGGUUUCGCAGCUGAAAACAGAGUUCCUCCCACUCCUGAGCGUGUCCUUUGUCUCUGAGAACAGCGUGGUGGCAGCUGGCCACGAUUGCUGCCCGAUGCUAUUCAACUGUGACGACCGUGGCUUGCUGACCUUCGUUUCCAAACUAGACAUUCCCAAACAGAGCAUCCAGCGCAACAUCUCUGCCAUGGAACGCUUCCGGAACAUGGAUAAAAGAGCAACCACGGAAGACCGUAACACCACCCUGGAGACACUGCACCAAAACAGUAUAACGUGAGUGUCCUGCUGCCAGGGUGAGGGCAGGGAA